CACACACAUUCAUGCAUACACUUUACUGCUCAAGCAGUCUUUUGCACUCAUGUUGAGCUUUAACAUGCAUGUACACACACAGGUUCUUUCUCAUUACAGGACCAGUAACUGCACUCGCCUCCUGCUUUGUCCUGAGGUCUGAAACUCAUUUCAUUGCUGCUCCUACACUCCUUCCUUACCUCCAUCUUCUUUAUAAAGCUUCAAAUCCCUUCAAUAGACCCAUAUAGCCAGCUAGCACUAAGCCCCCACAAACUGCCCUUAUAGACGCUGGCCAUGCCGAAUGCUCCCCUACUUUAUUUAUUUAUUUGAUGGUUUGAGACGCUCCCCCUGGGUGGAUGGUGGUCUAAUCAAGUGUUGCAAAUUGGAUCAGACCUCAAAAAAUGAAGUGAAAUGCUCACCAAAAAAGGAAUACAAUAAAGAUAUAGCUAUAUAAAAAUAUUUAAGGUACUCAAGAAUAAAAGAGUGGAACCAAUUUCAAGGUCAGAUUUGCUUAAAUAUAUUAAUGUUGAAUAUCUCCUGCAAAACAAAGACCUUUACAGAGCAGAAGAAGAAAUUCUCCAUGAAGAAUGCAUGUCAUGUUUCUGUUCCAUUUUGGGGGAAGAAAAAAAACAAUAAAUAUUGACUGAAUUUGAACUGAAAAACAAAAUAAAUGAUGGCACGGUGUGAAAGACACACAGCUUUAUAUAUAAAUGUAAAAGUUUGUGCAUUAGAGGAAGCCUCUUAUUCACUGUGGUAAUAUAAAUACUGCAUUAUUGCUGUAAUCCAGAAUGUUAACAUUAAAAUACGCUGAAAACAACAGGAAACAUUGAGAUUUAAAAUAUAGACAAUAUGUGAUUGGGACAAAGAAGCAGGCUGAAAACUAACAUACACACAAUCCAAGAUGAAACAACAAAAUAUUCCCUGUGUAUGUACACAAGGAAUCGAACAAAAGAGUAUGAGAAGAAUUGAAUAUAGUCUGUUUUAUUCUGUUUUAGUUGCAGAAGUUUUGAAGCCUAUCCCAGCUACCAUAGGGCAAGAUGCAGUGUACACCCUGGACAAAUCGCCAGUGUGUCACAGGGUUAACAUAGAGGGACAGACAACCAUUCACACUCACUCAUCACAUUAACAUAGGAACACAGUAACAAUUAACAUAACAGAACCCACACGAACACGGACAUGCAACUCCACACAGAAAAGCCCCGGCCAGGUGGUGGAGUCCAACAAAGGUCCUUCAUGCUGUGAGGCAAUAGUGCUAACCGUGCCACAGUGCUGCACUGGGAUGCGAACUUUUCUAUCCAAAAUUAAUUAUUUUUUGUAAAUAUAACAUGCAUGUCAAUAUUCUUAAUCAUAAAAUACUUAUAAUGCAUAAUAAUAUGCAUUUUAGAAGAAAAAACGGUGACUAGUGAAAAUGCACACAUGCGUUGACACUAAAAACACUAGUAACAGUAGAAACAACAGCAAAUAGAAAAAUGUUGCAAAAGUACACAGAAAAACCGAGCUGAUAAGCUAACAGUAGAUAGACGUUUGCUAACAGUAACAAAUAUAUAGUAUUAUACUUUUAAAUGCAAUCCUUUACAAGUUUUUUGCUCUUUUACUUCUGCAGUUGUUCCAUCACGUUAUUGUGUCCCAUUUUUCCAUUUACAGAUAUUUAAGUUUUUUUUGACCUUUUAGAGCCACCAUACUUUUCAGGGUCGGUGUCAAAUAAUGAGGUCAGUGUUGAAUCUCUGAAAGCCAAAAGCUCAGGUCUCAGGCUGCUUCUGAGAGUUUUUCUACUCUUGGUUUGGUAUGAUCUCAGUGAGCAGAUAUAUCCUUAAUGUCGUCAUGGCAGACACAUAACUCUGCAGCUCCACCCACCUGCUUUUUCAGAGCUUUUGUUUGUGCGGGGCAGCCAAUCAGAAGAAAGCUUUCUGAAAGCAAAAGAGGAGAAAGAUACAACUUAAUAAAGUGGCCUUGGACUACAUGAGCUGAAGGUCGGAUGGUUUUUCACUUCCUUUUAUAGCAGUAUUUUUGGUAAAACAUCAUCUCGAUCAUGUGAGUGUAGAGGCCGCUAAUAAAAUAUUUGUGUGAUAUCUUGUGUCAGUCAGCCUGAAAGCUUUUCAGUGGUUUAUGAAGCUGUUAGGAAACAACGCUGAAGUGUCAGUGAGCCGUUGUCUGUUGUUUGCCUGCCUCUUCGGCCCCAUUUAUUUGUGCGCUGUCAUUAGUCAUCGUUGCUCAGUUCAAACAGAGCUCUGAGCAGCAACCCCCCACUCCCAAAGACAGACAGCGCAGGACCGAGAGAAAUCCUGUCUGGCCCAGUGCCGAUGCAGAGUGACGUCAUCUACAUAAACAUUCACGCACGAACGUCCAGUCAUACACAGCAAAUGUGCACUCACAAGACGCCAUGGGACAUCUACUCUAGCACUCUUGUGUGUGUUCGUGUGUAUGUGCGGGUGAACAUGUGCCGCCAAAUCAUCAUACAUACAUCUUUUUUCCCCCGCUCUCCCUCUCGUGCUCCCUCUCUUUUUUUUCUCUUGCUCUCUUUGGGUCUCUUAUAAUUAAAUAAAAUUAAAUGAGUCAUUUAUGAACCUUUGGGAGUGACAGAGGCAAGGGGCGAAUAGAACAUGAAGCGCACCUGUGCAUUUUGCUGGCAGCGUGUUGCGUAACAGUAGCGUGUCUUCCUUGCGCUUAUGGAAAUAUAUUAGUAAUGGCACUGUACUCGAGCUCUCUUCCACAUCCUGUAGUGACACACGGCAUCUCCCCGUUUUGUCAGCAGGCGCCUUAUCGUACAUGGCAUGCUGUCUGUAGAAAGAAACGCUCAGGCUCUUCCAUUUACACACUCGGCUGCACACUGCUGCACAUACACCGCACUCGCAUAUUGACACACACCUGACACACCGAAGGAGGUUCCGUGGUGCAGGAAAUAAAUAAAGCUGGAUAAAUUGCUCUCUGGGGAGCCAAGUAGAUUAGAUGGCAUGCACAACAUAGCUGCUGCGUUUGGUUUUGGACCAAUGUUAGGAUGGGCAAAUACAGGAAUUGCUCAUUUCUGAAUCCUUUACGAGCGUUUGUUGGGAAGCGGCGAUCACAGAUGGAAGUCAUAAAUCUGCAAGAUCUGCCACAUUUAUUUUUUCAUUUGACAACUGUAAGCUCGGUGGGCACCAGAAAAUUAACACUGCAUGCCUCAAGAGAAAGCCUGUUAGUUUUUAGUAAAACCUUCAACAGCAUCAGAAGGAGCCAAGUGAAGCUUGUUAAGCUGCCUAAAGUGAUUACAUUUGAGUUGGUGUCUUUUGGGUCUGAAUAAAAAGUGAAAACUGAGGGAGUUAGAACGAAGCUUCAGGGCUCUGUUUCAGGUUAAUGGCUCAAGGCCACAUUUCCUACCCACUAGUGUAACACAACCAAAUAUCCAGCUAAAAAACAAAACAAAAAAUUAUUGGUCCAAUUUUUCCAUUGAGUCAAAAAGUUUGUUAUCAGAUUGCCCCUGGUGGGAUACUGAUUUAUCCAGACAACUCAUUAUAGAUUAAGGGAAGAAUGAAUAUUUAGUGAUUGGACAUCACCUUAUAUCAUUUUCAGUUUGGACAGACUGUAAAAAUGAAUUGUUGCUUAUAGUGCUACAAGCAGUGUCACAAUCGCUCUGUUAAUGUUUUUGUCAUCUGGUGUUAGCAUCCUCUCAGGUAUUACCAAAGUCCAGGGGACUUGUGCAUCCAAUGCAUUCUCUUACCAUACACGAGAUCUUGUUUGGUGUUGGUGCACUGACAGACUAGCUACAACAAUACUGGGUGCCAAGAGCACUCCAUCCAUCCAUCAUAUACUGCUGAAGUAUGGUGGUGGUAGCAGCAGGCUAAGUAGAGUGUCCCCCGACCUGCAAGUAGGUUGCAGGUCUACCCCGUGGGGUUUCCUGUCACUUGCGUGAAGGGCUGUCAAACAAAAUGAUGCUCAGAUACUAAAUGAAUACUAAAAAUUACUAUAAAAACUACUAUAUUACUGCUCUUCUAAUUGGUACACAAUUUCAAAUAGCACAGUUGCAAACAGGCAGGUAAAAAAACCCUCAACACUAGUAGUAAUAUGUACCGCAGUUAAAAACUUUGAGAGGAAUAUUGAGAGGUCAUUAAAUCUCAUUAAAUGUUAACCUGGUUCAAGUUGUUUAAUUUUGACCUAAUUUUUAAUUUCAUUUUUACUUGUUAUUUAGAUUUAGACACUAAAUAAAUUGUGUGGUUGGGUUUAGGCACUUAGAUGCACUUGCUUAUAGGUUAAGACUAUAGUUUGGGUUGAAAUACAUCUGUAUAAAAAAUGACAAACCUAGAGUGACACGCUCAUCAUGUUAAUACAUGUACAAUAACCUGAUGCAGCAACAAAAACUGCAGGACUGGUGCCUCUCUGGCUGGUUCCAGACCUACCCAGACUCUACUCGAGAGUACAUGUCUCGAGUAAAAUCUCAUUGGAGUUUCUUAUUGCUUCAGUCAGUGGAUUUGCGAUUUAGCUGAAAUAGAACAGCUAAACCUUGAGGCAAUGCGGGGCCUUGUUGUGCUUUAAAGUUAACAAUAUUCCCAGAUGCAAAAAUCCUCCAAAAGCAUUUAAGCACCUAAUCACUAUAUUACUCAUUAUGAGUGUAAGAAUGGACCACUGAGAUCCAUUAAUCUGUGACGGGUGUGUUUGUGUAUGUCUGACUGUGUGCAGGUGCAUGUAUGUGCAUAUGCAUAUAUAAUAUAAAUACUAUAGAUGAUAGUUAUAUGAAGUUUUAUAAAUGUGGUGUUUAUUGAAUACAAUACGUAGCAUGCUGACUCUGGUUGAUUCCCUGAAUAUUUCUCUGUGCUAUUUCUUUCUUUUUGAAAUAUAUUUUAUGCAGUUUUUAAAAUAAUCUAAUUGGCAUUGUAGAUACAUACUGACUACAAACCAAAAGCUAUUAAACCGUCAUAAUUGAAAGCUGGAAAAUUUGGGUGGUAAAAUUGCUGAAGCCUUCACCUGACCUAAAAGUACUGAGCCUGGUAAUUAUGUACCCACAUGCAUGAAAUCGUUUUAGUGAAGCUUUUGGUCCUGCCAUCACAAACCUGUGUUAAGCAUGAAUAGCUUCUUUACAGUGAUUAGUGAGAACUGGUGUACCUUGCAUUAAUGCCUCUAGAUAAUGAAGGCAAAAAAAAUGACACUACGGUUCCCUUUCAGUCACAUAUCUGUCAGUCAGUUUGUGCUGCCACUGUCCAUGUUCGGAUAUUUAAUCUUUUUCCUUUUUCUCUGCAGGUAUGAUUUAGACUGCAAGAGUGACAACCUCUCCAGACAUGACUUCCUGGGCCAGGCCUUCUGCACACUGGGUGAAAUUGUCGGCUCCCUGGGAAGCCGCUUAGAAAAACCUUUGACUGGAAUCCCAGGAAAGAAAUGUGGCACUAUCAUAGUGAGAGCAGAAGAAGUGAGCAACUGCAGGGAGUCAGUGAUGUUACAGUUUUGUGGGAACAAGCUGGAUAAGAAGGAUUUCUUCGGAAAAUCAGAUCCGUUUCUUGUGUUUUACCGCAGCAACGAGGACGGAUCGUACACCAUCUGCCACAAAACAGAGGUGGUGAAGAAUACUCUGGAUCCAGUGUGGCAGGCUUUUAAAAUUCCCGUCAGGGCGCUGUGUAAUGGUGACUAUGACAGGAGCAUUAAGGUGGAGGUGUACGACUGGGACAGAGAUGGAGGCCACGAUUUCAUCGGAGAGUUCAGUACAAGCUACAGGGAAAUGUCCAGAAGCCAGUCACAGUUCCACAUCUAUGAGGUGCUAAAUCCAAAGAAGAAGGGGAAGAAGAAGAAAAAGUACCAAAACUCAGGAACGGUCACUCUGCUGUCCUGCCUGGUGGACACUGAGCUGUCUUUCCUGGACUACAUCAGAGGCGGGACUCAGAUUAAUUUCACAGUGGCAAUUGAUUUCACAGCAUCAAAUGGCAACCCAUCCCAGCCCACCUCACUCCAUUACAUGAGCCCUUACCAGCUAAAUGACUAUGCCAUGGCACUGCGGGCUGUCGGUGAGAUCAUCCAGGACUACGACAGCGACAAGAUGUUUCCCGCGCUGGGUUUUGGUGCCAAGCUUCCCCCAGAUGGACGGGUCUCACAUGAGUUUGCCCUGAAUGGUAAUCCACAGAACCCAUACUGCACUGGUAUUGAGGGUGUGAUGGAGGCCUAUUACCAGAGUCUGAAGAGUGUACGUCUUUAUGGACCCACCCACUUCUCCCCUGUUAUUAACCAUGUGGCCAGGUAUGCCUCGGCAGUGACAGACGGCUCACAGUACUUCAUCCUGCUCAUCAUCUCUGAUGGCGUGAUCACAGACAUGGCGCAGACCAAGGAGUCCAUAGUAAAUGCCUCGUCUCUGCCCAUGUCUAUUAUAAUAGUUGGGGUUGGACCAGCGGAAUUCGAUGAAAUGAUUGAGCUGGAUGGGGACGAAGAGAGGAUCUCAUCCCAAGGACGAUACGCGGAGAGGGACAUUGUUCAGGUUCAAAUAUUGAGGAAGGAGAGUAAAAACCACCAUGGUCCAACAAGAGCUUGGUCAAACAAUUGAUUUUAAUGAAUACACGCGUGGGAAGACCAUUCUGUACGCAGACAGGGAUUGAUCUUCGACUUAAUCAAAGCAUACACAGAUUUUUAUAGCAUCAGGGUUUGAAUUAAUGACGCCCCUUCAUACGUCACAGAUACAUUUCAUACAUAUGUCACAUCAAAACCACAAUGACUUUUAACACAGUUUAAAAGAACAUUGUCUUCAUCUUCAUAACAGAUGUUUCCUGUCAACCUUUCUGAUUAGUGCUUCUUCAAAACCGCAGACAAUGAUUUUGCAGUGAGCGAGCACUUCUGCAAGCCCACAAUUACAAGCAAACAUGAUAUCUCACGACCUUACGUGGCACUCUGUGUCACCUCUCACCUACUAACGCUCACAGUCAAACAGAGGCCACUGUCAACCUUUUACUAAAACUAUAGAUGUAAUAUAAAUUGAAUAAAUGUUUUAACCAAGAACCUCUACUGAAAGCUUAAUAAAAGAAUAUAAAAGUAUAACAGACAAUUUGAAUACCCUAGUUAUUCACAUAGCCUCGUCUAACCAGCUCCUCAGAAUAACCUGCAGUUAGAUUCUGCUUUCGGUUUCAUUUCUGCAAACGCUCUGCAAGCCUGCAGUUUCCUGUCACUCUGACUCUGUACAGAGUGUACUCAAAAUCAACAGAAUCAGCACAUACACACUUAAGAUUAUAACAAGCAUUCAGAAGCAUUUAAGAUUAUAGAUUCAACCCAACAGUUUAAAGUGGUUAUAACUGCACCUGUAAUAAAGGCUAAUUGGGUACCAAGAUGUUUAAACAUCUGCAUGCAAUAUCAAUACUGUAAAUUAUAUUAUUAAUGCAAUGGUAAUGAUGAUUAUUAUUAACAAUAGCAGCAAAAUAUCUCUCCACUCUCAAUACUCUCCUCUUUGUCUUCAUUUGUCUUAUCUUUACUUUUCAUCUUUGUCAUUUUCUUUACUAUUCUCUUAUUCUCAAUGUCCAUGUUUCCUAUUCUGUACUCUCCGCCUCUUAUUUCUCUUUACAUUACUUAUAUCUGAUUUCUUUAUUUCCUGUUCUCUCCUUUCCUUGUGUCCUUUCCUCUUGCUUCCCCUCUCAGUUUGUUCCUUUCAGAGACUACAUUGACCGACGAGGAAAUCACAUCCUCAGCAUGGCCCGUCUGGCUAAAGAAGUGCUGGCUGAAAUUCCCGACCAGUUCCUGUCCUACAUGAGAA